AUGUCCUCCGACAGCCUACGAGUCAUCGCCCUCAUCUCAGGAGGCAAGGACAGCUUUUACUCCAUCCUUCACUGCAUAAAGAAUGGCCACAAGGUAGUUGCGCUGGCCAAUCUGUUCCCGGAGACACGAAAUGGCCACACUGGUAACGGUGACGACGACGUGGACUUGAACAGCUUCAUGUACCAGACCGUCGGCCACCAGAUCAUCCCUCUUUACGCCGCAGCGACCGGACUCCCGCUGUACCGCCACCCCAUCCUCGGCGGCGCCAAGUACGAAGGCCGCGAUUACGACGCCCACCAGACGGCCUCUGCCCUCGCGGGAGAUGGAGAUGGAGAUGGCGACGAGACGGAGAGCAUGGUACCGCUCCUCCGCGCCGUCAUGGAGCGGCAUCCUGACGCCAACGCGCUGUGUGCCGGCGCCAUCUUGUCCACGUACCAACGCACCCGAGUCGAGUCGGUCGCCCUGCGCCUUGGCCUCACCCCGCUGGCCUACCUGUGGAAGUAUCCCGUGCUACCACCGCCUCGCGGAUCGGUCGGCGGUGACGACGCGCAGUUGCUCUUCGACAUGGCUGGCGCGGGGCUGGAAGCCCGGAUCAUCAAAGUGGCGAGCGCGGGGCUCGACGAGGGGUUUCUCUGGGAGCAAGUCAGUUCCGUCGCCGGUGUGGGGAGGAUCAAGAGGGCGUUGCGUCGGUUCGGGGCCGCGGAAGGGUCUGUUCUCGGAGAAGGGGGCGAGUUUGAGACGAUUGUCGUUGAUGGACCGGAUGAUCUGUUCCGGAAGAGGAUCCACGUCUCGGAGCAUGAGAGGAGGGUGAUAAGAGAGGGCGGUGGCACCUCUUGGUUGAAUUUCCAGGUGGCUCACCUUGAGGAGAAGAAUGGCUCUACAAAGAGGGACGGUGACGAUCAACUCCAUGUGCGUAUCCCAGACCUGCUGGAUCCGAGGUUCGAUGCGGUCGCUGCCAGCCUCUCCGAACCGACAUCAACUCGAUUAGAACCGAAAAGGACAUGGUCCGUCGUGGGCGGGUUGGGACGGCCUAGUCACCGACCCAACGGCCCGCAGCCUCGCCGGCACGAGAUGUACUGGACCGUGGCCACUGCCACUCAGAAUCAUACCGGCAGUUCCAUCGCGAAUGAGACGCGCUCGCUCGUUGAGACGAUCAGAGGCCUGCUGGGUACCUCCUCACUGCCUACGACCGCCAUCACCAACACGAUCAUUGUGCUGAGACGCAUGUCGGAUUUCCCCGCCGUUAAUACGAUUUACGGUGGCUUAUUCAUGCACGCGAACCCUCCCUCGAGGGUCACCAUCUCUUGCGGGGGACUGCUACCUGAAGGACGCAACAUUAUCAUCCAUCUCGCUGUUCAGGCCGACCUCGGAGCCGCGGACCGGAAAGGUCUACAUGUCCAGUCGCGGUCAUACUGGGCGCCGGCCAACAUAGGGCCUUACAGUCAAGCCAUUGAUGUGCCUCUCUUCCGCAAUGCCAUCACAUCCCUCGCCACGGCCCCCGAUUCUUCGACCGACAGCGCAUCGAAGGCCAGGGCGAUUUCCAUAGCUGGCCAGAUCCCCCUCUGGCCCGCCAGCAUGACCAUCCCAGCCGACGCGGACAUCAAGACGCAGAUCACGCUAUCCCUGCAACACCUCUGGCGCAUCGGCACCGACCAGCAGGUCCAGCUCUGGAGCGCAGCAGUCGCGUAUUUCCCCCGCACAACGUCCGCAGGGGGGCAGAUGCAGGAGAACAGCAGACUCGCGUCCCGGGCUUGGGAAGCCGCCCACAUGCACGGCGUCGGGGGAGACUCCGACUCGGAUGACGAAGAGGGCCCGGAUCCGUGGGACAGGAGGUACAAUCGCAAUCACAACGCGUCGUUCGUCGUGUCCUUUGGCGCUGGUGGGGGGUCGCACUCCGGAGAGGGCGCACCGCUCCCCGACACGUCGGUGUUCAAGUCGGACGACGGGCAACCCUGGCCGCCCAUCCCGCCGGUGUUUUCGGCCGAGGUCGAGGAACUGCCGCGGCGGUCGGGGGUUGAAUGGCACGCGCAUCUGGCACUCGCGGGUCUUGAUGCCUCCUCGGUAGAGCUCGUCUCCUCUACUCACACGGAAAUGUCGGCGGGGGGGCUGCGUUCGGAGUGCCGUGUCCACCACUUCAUGGUGUCGGGCGUGCCGGUGCGCAGCGUUGUCUCGGUUGUCGGUGUAUCGGGGCAGGAGUUGGUCGAGGUCCGCGACGUUGUGAGUCGAGCUUACUCGCUGUCACUGCCUGAUGGGGUGGAGCAGGACGCAAAAGCACCGACUCCGUAUCUGCUAUACGUCGACUCGGAAAGCGCCAGGCAUCCCGGGGACCUCGGUUCAGAGGGGAGUAUACCGUGGCGUGGCGCUUCCGACUCGGACCCGCGCUUGUUUGCCCAAAGACACAGCACGAACGAGCGCAUCAAUCAUAUCUUGGAGGUACACGGAAAUGUCCAGAUCUCUUUAUCGCCCGAGAACGCGCCGAAACGAUGGGCGCAACCAAGUCGACGACCUCCCACCCCGGAACCCAGACCCAGUGGGGCGGCCGACGCAUCGCCGAGACCGACCGCAUCACAGACGACCACUACAGCAGCGCCGACGAACACACCGGCAUCAUGUCCCGCGCGCCCGAACGGCAGUACCAGUCGAUCACCACGUCGCCCCCGUCUGCGCUCCCUGCGCAAGCUGCUGCUGCCAGCGGCGGCGGCGGGGCCCGAGCCCGAGCGAGGAACCCUUCCACAGCAGGAGGAGCAGGAAGGAAAAGAAGAGGAAAUCACCAUCGUGACGCACUUUGCGAGUAUAGAAUUGGAGAAUAAGGGGAGCGUGGCGCGAGACCACCUUGCUUUGGAACGCACGUUCCUCGCCUGGCUUCGCACCUCUCUCGCCUUCGCCUCCAUCGGCAUUGCCAUCACCCAGCUCUUCCGCCUCAACACGUCCCUAGGCGGACAUGCCGACCAUGACCCGACGGGGACGACGUUGCGCCGGCUCGGCCAGCCCUUGGGCGCCACGUUCCUGGGCAUCAGUAUCGUCAUCCUCUUUCUGGGCUACCAUCGGUACUUCCAUGCCCAGCGCUGGAUCAUUGCGGGCAAAUUCCCCGCGAGCCGGGGCACCAUCAUCGGAGUCGCCUUCAUCGCCUUCGCGGUCAUGAUAGCGAGUUUGGUUGUGGUGAUUGUGGUGCAUCCCGGUAUACAUGAGACAUGUGCAAUCUCACAUCUACUCAUCCCACCAAACAGAAUACAGGAGACCACCAAAGCCAUGCCCCCAAAACCCCUCCCCAUCCCCGCCUUCGCCGAAACCCAACUCUCCCUCCUCAACACAGAACUCCAAGCCGACCUAGCGUCCUCCAAGGACCUCAUCUCCAAUCACACCCCGACCGCGCUACAAAGGGCAGGCCAAGCCCUCAUAAACCUCUAUGUCUCCUCCCGCCGCACAGGACCGGGAGGCCGCACCGUGCUCGAACUCGCCCCGGACCCGUCUCUCUCCUCGUCUGACACGAACGCCGCGGGUCCGCUCCUGCCCGAACACGGACUGCGCACCGGCGAUAUCGUGCUGGUGGCCGAUCAGCCCGCCGGGAGUGCGCGGAAGCGCGAAGUCAGGGAGCUGGAGAAGAAAGGCGCGCGGGGGGUCGUGGUCAGGGUGAAGAAGGAUGGGGUUGCCGUCGCUAUGGACGAUGGCAAGGAGGAUGAGAAGGAGGAGGCCGAACUUGCGGGACGGGUUUGGAUCGUUAAAUUGGCGGACGAGGUGACUUAUAAGAGGAUGAAGCAGACAAUGGAAAAGCUCCAAAAAAUGCCCGAGUCGGAAUAUUCCACCUUUAUGCGAGUUCUGUUUGGCCUCGAGAGCCCUUCUCCUGUCCCGGCCGACCUCUCCUCCGACCCCUCCGACCCCGAGCUCGCUGCGAUCCAGUGGAACGAUCCGACCCUGAAUGAGUCGCAAAAGGAUGCCAUCCGAUUCGCCCUGGCCUCGCGAGAGAUUGCUCUCAUCCACGGCCCGCCUGGUACAGGAAAAACGCAUACCCUCGUCGAGCUCAUCCUCCAGCUCGUCAAACGGGGCCUUCGCGUCCUAGUGUGCGGCCCCUCCAACAUCUCAGUAGACAACCUCGUCGAACGCCUAGCCCCGCACAAAGUGCCCCUCGUGCGCCUCGGCCACCCGGCCCGCCUCCUCCCUUCCGUCCUCGCCCACUCCCUCGACAUCCUGACGCAAACCUCCGACGCCGGCGCCAUUGUCCGCGACGUCCGCGCCGACAUGGACGCCCGGUACGCCGCUCUCCGAAAACCCCGCCUCCCCCGCGCCGAACGCCGCACCACGUACGCCGACCUCCGCGCGCUGCGCCGCGAGUACAGGGACCGCGAACGCCGCUGCGUCGCCGACCUGGUCGGCGGGGCCCGCGUCGUGCUCGCCACCCUCCACGGCGCCGGCGGGUUUCAGCUCCGCCACGAGGCCUUCGACGUCGUGGUGAUCGACGAGGCGAGCCAGGCGCUCGAGGCCCAGUGCUGGGUCCCCUUGCUGGCCGCCCGCAAGGCCGUGUGUGCUGGCGACCAUUUGCAGCUUCCGCCGACGAUCAAGUCGCUCAACUCGAAAACAAAAACAGCAGCAACAACAACGAAGGCUACACAACCGGCGGCGGCGGCGGCGGCGCCAUUAGAGGACGGCGGGGACGACAAGGACGGCAAGGACGGCAAGGACGGCAAGGACGACAACUCGGUCAAGGGCAUGUCGCUGGAGACGACGCUCUUCGACCGGCUCCUGGCCCUGCACGGGCCCUCCAUCAAGCGCAUGCUGACGACCCAGUACCGCAUGCACGAGAAGAUCAUGCGGUUCCCCUCGGACGAGCUCUACGAGGGCCGCCUGAUCGCGGCCGAGGCGGUCAGGGAGCGCCUCCUGCGAGAGUUGCCGUACGGGGUCGAGGACGACGAGGACACGAGCGAGCCGUUGGUGUUCAUCGACACGCAAGGGGGGGACUUUCCCGAGAAGAACGAGGAGGACGACAUCAAAAACGAUAAAACCUCGUCCCUUGUUAGAGCCUUACACCCUCGCCUACACGACGUCGCACUGACGCUUCAUGUCCCCCAGCUCGGCCUAUUGGCACCGUUGAAAGAAAAGUUCCCCGGCAUUGAGCUGGGGUCGGUAGACGGAUUCCAAGGCCGCGAGAAGGAGGCCGUCAUUGUUAGCCUGGUGCGCAGCAACUCGCAAGGAGAGGUCGGGUUCUUGGGGGAGAAGCGGCGGUUGAACGCGGUCCCUGACGGUUGUGGGAGAUUCGGAAACCAUUAG